AGAAUAUGCUAGCAGCUUCCGUUUCAUAACUAAAAAAAUCAGAAGAAGAAUCUUUGAAAUCGUGAAUUAGGGUUUUUGAGAGAAUCCGUCUCUUCAUCAGCUGAAAAAGGUUUCCAACAAGACAUGGCUACCUCCGGUGUUGAAACCGAGGCGGAAUGGAUCAAAAGAGUCAAAUCAGAAGGAGCUGUUCCGUGUCUUAAACCAGACAGCAAAGACUGCAGAAACAGUUGGACAACACCAUCUCCCAACACAUUCAUGGUUAGAGGACCAAACUAUUUCUCCGACAAGGUCAAAGUACCUGCUGGUGAGUUUCUUCUAAAGCCUCUUGGAUUUGACUGGGUCAAAGGCCCCACAAAGCUCUCUGAGAUACUAAGUUACCCAAACAGCCGAAUCAAGAAAGCUAUAGAUGAGGAGUUUCAAACAGAGGAUGAUACUGCUAAGCCUUUUGUAUGGGCGUUUAAUCUCCAGCUUCCUCACAAAGACAACUACAGCGCUGUUGCUUACUUUGUCUCCACGGAGCCUAUCCUCCAAGGCUCCCUGAUGGAUCAGUUUCUGAAAGGAGACGAUGCGUUUAAGAGAUCAAGGCUUAAACUGAUUGCAAACAUUGUCAAAGGGCCUUGGAUUGUGAGAAAAGCUGUUGGAGAGCAAGCUAUAUGUGUCAUUGGACGUGCACUCUCUUGCAGAUAUGUUUCAGGAGAGAACUUUGUGGAGGUUGAUAUUGAUAUUGGUUCUUCAAUGGUCGCUAGCGCCAUUGUUCAUCUCGCGUUUGGUUACAUUACAACUUUGACUGUUGAUCUUGCUUUCCUUAUUGAGAGCCAGACUGAUGCAGAGCUUCCUGAGAAGCUGUUAGGAGCUGUGAGAUUCUCUGAGUUACAGACUGACUCUGCUGUGUCUAUUGAACUGUCUUCAAGCAAUGGUAAUGAACGGUCUAGCUGGUGGAAAUCGAUUGGGAGUGGAUUCUCUAAUCUGCUUAAUCAGGAUACAGGCAACAUGAAUAAUAAUACAUCUCCUGGGAAUAGCCAGAAGGAUGGAGAUGUAAAGAAGCAGUAAUUGAUUUGAUAAUUCUUUUAAAAUUUCUUUGAUUUCAUUGCCAAAACCUUAUCAUUUCUUUAUAACAUUGCAAAUGUAUAGAUUGUUUUUUUUUCUACUAAUAUGGAUAGAGACUCAUGUGACCAACCUUGUCAGACACAUAUCAAGAAAAAUAUCUCAUUUACUGGUUCUUGUAACAU